AUGAUCGUCCCAGAGGAAAGCGCAGAGAAACGUCCCAGACGCCUCGCACCGGGACCCAGUGCAGACCCCUUUGACUCGGAGAAUCCGAGAGACAGUGUAGGGCCCCCACCCUCGUACAACGAGAUGGCAAGUACCAGUGCUCCUACUGUGGUGUCGUCGCCCACUAUCAUCGACCGUGACCACAAGACUAGGCCGCCCCCCGACCUCGAAGACGGACCACGCAACGCCUAUGGGUACGGCUACGCUCAGGAAGGAGCGGGACCGAGCGCGUCAUACUACACUCCUAUGUCGUCCGCGAUGGCUGCAACCUCAUUUUCGUCUCCCGGGGCCGCCGUCCUGCAAUCCUUGUCGCGUCCACCACCGCAAGAGCUAACGUUCCCGCCUUUCGACCCAAUGUUCCUCGUUGCGUCAGGGAAGAAUCUCGACAAAGGCUUUCCACAGACCCCACCACCAACCCGGUCCCACCCUCAUCCGUUCAUCACCCACGACGUCAACGAGCUUGAUUGGCUAGGGUUCCUUUCCGAGAUGCGUAUGGCCGGUUCGUUGACCGAGAAGGACGUCAGUAGAUCUAACGUCCCCUUCAUCUCCAUUGUCCCUUUCAUCGGUUGGGCGAGCUCAUACGGAAUACAGCAGUUUAUGAAGAGUAGGAAAGGGCAGAACGUGCUUAAGGUUAUUGAGAAAUGGAAUCAUCAUUUCUUCGAGCCUCGGAGGAUGCGAGUACUUCUGUUGAAAGGACACACAAAACUUAAUAGGGAAAGCGAGGCUGCAGGUGCGACCCUCCAUUACCCCACUCCAUCCCAAGUGUUUGCCUCCAUUCCCGAAGGUGACAGCACCUUCAGACUUUUCAUUGUAUCCAUUGAGUAA